CCGCCCCCCCCCCCCCCCGCGCAGCAGAGCCAGUUGUUGGCCGGGACCGGCUGCGCCUGCGCGAGAAGACUCCGCUGUCCCCGUCCGGCUUCCGGGCAUGGCCUCCGGCUCCUGGCUGAGGGCGCUGGCGGCUCCCCUGCGGUGGGGCUGUUCUGCCGCCCUCCUGCGGCCUCCGGCGCUCACCUCAGCAGGCCCUGCAAGAGCUUCCAUGGCCACCCUCAACCAAAUGCACCGCUCGGGUCCCCGCAGGCGGCCCCCGCCCAAGCCCGGCCCCACCGACGGCUGUCCGCAGCUGAAGGCCGUGGUGCUGAAGACGUUCACCCGCAAGCCCAAGAAGCCCAACUCGGCCAACCGGAAGUGCGCCCGCGUCCGCCUCAGCACCGGCAAGGAGGCCGUCUGCUUCAUCCCUGGGGAGGGCCACAACCUGCAGGAGCACAGCAUUGUGAUGGUGGAGGGGGGCCGCACCCAGGACCUGCCCGGCGUCAAGCUGAAGGUGGUGCGCGGCAAGUACGACUGCGCCCACGUCAUCAAGAAGAAGUGAGCUUGUGGGGAGCCCCCCUCUCCCGGCACCAGGACUCUCUGUGGCUCCCUCUCCCUCCUGGAAACUGGCACUGGAUUUGCGGGGGUGGGGGGAUGGGUUUGGUUUGGAAUAAAGCAAUUCCGUGGCCUGGG